CAGGCAGUGAUCAUGACUCAUGGUUCCCAGUACAAAGGAAAGCCCACUUCCCUGCUGGGGCAGAGGCAAAGCCGGAGCCCCCAGCCCCAUCUCUUCUCUGCUCUGCUGAGUCUUCUGGAAUGGACCUGCCUGCCAGGAAGCCAGGUCACCCUUGGUCCUGGGCUUGCCUGCCUUCUGGGAAACACAGGUGGCCCAGGCACUGGUAGCAGUGGCAGCGAGGCUGGGGCAGUGUUCCCAGCAGAGGAUGCCCCAGGCCCUGGAGCGCGCGGACGGCAGCUGGGCCUGGGUGGUCCUUUUGGCCUCCAUGGUGGCCCAGGGCCUCACCCUGGGCUUCCCCACGUGCAUCGGCAUCUUCUUCACUGAGCUACAGCAUGAGUUCCAGGCCAGCAACAGCGAGACCUCCUGGUUCCCCUCCAUCCUGAUAGCCAUGCUCCACGCAGGGGGACCCCUGUGCAGCAUCCUGGUGGGACGCUUUGGCUGCCGAGCCACAGUGAUGCUGGGGGGCAUGCUGGCCAGCCUGGGCAUGGUGGCCAGCUCCUUCUGCCGCACCCUCAGCCAGCUCUACCUCGCAGCAGGAUUUGUCACAGGCCUGGGCUUGUGCUUCAGUUUCCAGUCGACCAUCACCGUCCUGGGUUUCUAUUUCAUCCGCCGGCGGGCCCUGGCCAACGCACUGGCUUCGGUGGGCGUCUCCCUGGGCAUCACGCUGUGGCCGCUGCUCGCCCGCUACCUCCUCGAGGAACUGGGCUGGAGGGGCACCUUCCUCAUCUUUGGCGGGGUUUUUCUCCACUGCUGUGUCUGCGGGGCCAUCCUGAGGCCCGUGGCCACCGGCAUGGUCCCUAAAACCAGAAAGGGCCCUUCUCCACCUUCCAAGACACCCGCGCCUGGCUGCCUGGCAGCAUGUGGCUGGGCCAUCCUGCGCCACCUGGCCUUCGACAUCCUGUGGCACAACGCGGGCUACCGCGUGUUCACUCUGGGUGUCACGUGGAUGAUCCUCGGUUUCCCGCUGCCGCACGUCUUCCUGGUGCCGUUCGCCAUGCGGCACGGAGUGGAUGAGCACAAGGCGGCCAUGCUCAUCUCCAUCAUCGGCUUUAGCAACAUUUUCCUGCGGCCCAUGGCGGGGCUGGUGGCCGGCCGGCCGGACUGCGCCAGCUCUCGGAAGUACCUCUUCACCCUAGCGGUCCUGCUCAACGGGCUCACCAACCUGGUGUGCACGGUGUCGGCCAACUUCCGAGUGCUGGUGGGCUACUGCCUGGUGUACAGCGUGUCCAUGAGCGUGGUGGGCGCCCUCUUCUUCCAGGUCCUCAUGGACGUGGUCCCCAUGGAUCGGUUCUCCAGGGCCCUGGGCCUCUGCACCAUCCUGGAGAGCAUCUCCAUCCUCAUUUCCCCUCCGAUGGCUGGGUUUGUCCUGGACAACACUGACAACAACUUCAGCUACGUUUUCUACAUGUCAAGCUUCUUCCUCAUCUCAUCCGCCCUCUUUAUGGGUGGCAGCUUCUGUGCCCUUCAGAAGAAGGAGAGGCAGGGCGCCCAGGCCGAGGGGGAAGCAGGCGUCACGGAGGCCUCCCCGGAGGCCGCCCCGGAGCGCGCCCUCACCACGGAGGGCAUCCACACUUCGGAGAAGCGGCUGUACACCGAAGUCAUGUAUGUGACCAGCGUCUGAGCCCCAGGAUCACAUGUGUGACCAGCACCUGAGCCCUGAGGUCAGUGAGUGACCACUGCCUUAGCCUGGGAACGGGAUGUCCAGCCACUUCAGCCUGAAUCAAAGGCAUUCCGGGCUCAGCACGUCGGGGCUCAGCCAGGAGCUGGGACCUUGGAGGCUGGCCUCCGAAGACUCAGGGUUCCUUCCAGUGAGCAGAAUCCAGGAGCGGGUCCUUCUGACUUUUUUCCUUGGGCACCAGGGUACUUGGGGCCCAGGACAGUGGGUCUGAGCCCUGCUCGGUCUGUCAUGGCUGACUCGGCUCAGCUGGCUGCCCACCGCCGCUGCUACAACUCAACACACCGGACCAUCAAGUCCAGCCUGGAUGCCUCUGAUGUGACCUCUUUGUCCUUCCCGGGCCUCCAGACAGUUCCAAAGAGCUCGCCCUCCUGCCUCCCUUCCUCCCAUUGACCCAGCCCUUGCCCUCGGUGCUGCCCGCAGCACAGGCUGCUGGCCUUGUGAGAGAAUUGGUUGUGGCCUGCAGCAGUGGAUGGCCAAGCGGAGGAGUUGGCGUGGAUGGAGGGUUUGGACAGAUUAAAUGUCGGGUGGAACACCUCUCUGGUGUCUGUGCAGACAAUUGGAGGGGAGCACCUGACUUGGGGUCCUAGAAUCAGUAAAGUCUGAGGAUCCCCCUGCACAUUCAGCAGAGCCUGCUCUAGGGUCUCCCUCCUUUGCCCCACCUGAUAUUUUGGCUGGGAAGAUUAGUGGUAGGGUUGAGGGAAGCCAGACAAUUGACUGACCAGGGAGGGUAAGGAGUGCUAGGCAGCGCCCAAUGCCCUCUGUGAAAAUAGAGCUGCUUUUGUAACAGAA